GUAGCUUGCCCCACCUUCGGGACUGUUUCCCCUGCCAGUGUCCAUCCUCGACAAUUCCAGUAUACUUUGGAUAAUGAUGUCCUAACCUUGGAACAGAGGAAAUUUUAUGAAGAUAAUGGGUUUCUUGUCAUUAAAAAUCUGAUAUCUGAUGCUGAUAUUCAACGCUUUCGGGAUGAGUUUGAAAAAAUCUGCAGAAAGGAGGUAAAACCACCUGGAAUAACGAUAAUGAGAGAUGUGAACAUUUUGAAGUCAGAACAUACUAUAAGUGAGAAAGUGAUUUCAAAGGUCCAGGAUUUCCAAGAAGAUGAAGAGCUCUUCAGAUACUGCACUCUCCCCGAGAUUCUGAAAUAUGUGGAGUGCUUUACUGGACCUAAUAUUAUGGCCAUGCACACAAUGCUGAUAAACAAACCUCCAGAUACUGGCAAGAAGACAUCACGUCACCCCUUGCACCAGGAUCUGCACUAUUUCCCCUUUCGGCCCAGCGAUCGCAUUGUUGCUGCUUGGACCGCAAUGGAGCACAUUGACCGGAACAACGGUUGUCUGGUUGUGCUUCCAGGUACCCACAAAAGCUCCCUGAAGCCACACGACUACCCGCAGUGGGAGGGUGGAGUUAACCUCAUGUUCCACGGGAUCCAAGACUAUGAACAGGAGAAUAACCGUGUGCACCUCGUAAUGGAGAAGGGAGACACUGUCUUCUUUCAUCCUUUGCUCGUCCAUGGAUCUGGGCGGAACAGAACUCAAGGAUUCAGGAAAGCAAUUUCCUGCCAUUAUGCCAGUGCCAAUUGCCACUACAUUGAUGUGAAGGGCACCACUCAAGAAGGCAUUGAGAAAGAAGUGCUGAAAGUAGCAGACAAAUUUGGCCUAACUGAAGAUGUCAGCCUGAAGGAUAUUUGGAAGUUUCGAGCCCGGCUUGUGAAAGGAGAACGAAUUAACCUUUGAAAUAGCCCUUCAUUAUAAUGCUUUUAAAGGAAGUCAAAGUGAAACAAAGAGUCUAAGGAAAAGGUUUUCUUUUGGGGGUGGUAUAACCUUUUCUAUCACUUUUUAACAAAAUCAGGAAAUAUGUAUUAAGGACUUAAUUAUAUAGAACUGAUUUUGCAGUGCGGUGCUUUUGCUUUAAUGGAAGUAAAAACAAUGAAAAUGAAAUACCAUUGUUUUAAAAACAAAUCUGUGCUUACAGAAAAUAAAGGCACUUGGUGUAUAAUUUAAAUAUGG